GCCAUAUUUUUGAUAUGAUAUAACCGGCCUGUUUGAUCUUCAUGCAACGAUGUCCCUUAACUCGUACUACUUAUAAUUAUUUAGACAUGGCAGGAAGUCGAAUAAUGCUUACAAGGAAUCAUCAGAGAACAUCAUGGCGGCAGCAUUUGCAUUCCUGCAACGGAACCUGCCCAGGACAAACACCUACCCCACAUGGAUAGCCGCUGCCGAUAGCAAGAUCAAAGAGGUCAAAAAGGCCUUGGACGACAACCAGGAGGAUAUCAAGGACACAGCGACGAAACUGGCCUACCAUGCCGACGAUGGCGCCAUCACAAACAAUGCGUUGGACAUCCGGAGCAUGAAGACCACGCUCGACGACCUGCAGAAGGACAGGGAAAGAUUGAGCCACGACGUCAAGAGCCGCUUCGACGAGCUGAGCUCGGUCAUCGACGCCCAGCCCACCUUUCUCCGGGACAGUCUUCAGAGGCUGAAGGCAAGCAAGGUUGCCGAACUCCUACACCACUUCCUGGAGGUCUUCCACACGCUAGACCUGGUCCGAGAUCUCUCGGACACGCACAAGCAGGGCUUGUUCCAUGUCGAGGUUGAGCUGCUCAAGGGGGAGCGAGACAAGCUGAAGCUGCAGAUCGACAACGGCCUGCGACAAGCCUCUCAGGACGUCAUGUCGAGAGAGAUACACGACGAGCUACUGAGCCGAUGCUCAACCCACGAGAGCCAUGUCGAGUCCCUCAAGCAGCAGAUGCGCGACGACGAAUCCGCUCGCGACAAGCGGGAGCAGACGGCCCAAGCUGCCACGCGCAAGCUCAGAGGCCAGCUGGCCCUCUACAAGGAGAAGGCAGACAAGUUCGAGAGGGAUCUGAACCAGCAGCGUCAGGACUUCGACGGUGCACUCGACACCAAGGAGCGGAUGAUCGACGACUUGAGCCACACGUUGGAGGCGAUGGGCAAGUCAGACAAGGACAACGAGGAGCUCCACGAACAGACGGUCAGGGAGCUCGUCGAGCAACAGACGAGCUUGACGAGAAAGCUUCAGCGGAGAGACAGGUCCAUCCGCUCCCUGAAGGAGACUGCCUCCCGACUGGGCCAGAACUGCGAGGCAGACCUCGCGGCGCUCAGGUCAGAUUACGACGCCCUCAAGGAGCAGGCCUCGGCGGCCGAAUCCGAUAUCAUGGCGAGGGAUGCAGAGCUCGAGCGGUUCCACAGGGACGCGGAGGAGUUCGACAAACAGCGCGAAGAGUCGGAGAAGGCACAAUACGAGGCCAGCAGGAUGUUGGCAGAGGCGACUGCGCGCGAAAGGGACUGGCUGUCGGAAAUCGAACAACUGAACAUCCAGCUACAGCACGAGCGAAGAAAGGCCAUCGACGCUACGGCGGCCAAGAACGAGGCCGUCGCCGAGUUCAAUAACCUCCACACCACCCACCAAGAGUUGAAAAACUCCAGCGCGGUUAUCAAGGUGUCCCUGACCAUCCUUGAGCGCAGACACGGUGAACUGGCAAGCGAGAGGGACGCUGCUAACCAAGCCCGCAUCUGCGGGGAGCUCGAUCUCGUCCGGGCUGCUGGCGAGCGUGACAUCUCGAGGGCCCAGAGAGACCGACUGCAGACACAGAUCGGCAGCGUAAGGAACGAGCUCUCCGAAGUCGAGGGGGCACGGGAUGCUCUCGCGAGUGCGAACAAGGCGCUCCAAGUGGACAUCAACGCCUUUGAGGAGGAACGAGCCUCGCUCCUCCGCGAGAAUGUGAAAUCCCGCAGAGAAUGCCGCAGCAUCUCAGACACAUCCUCAGAGCUGGUCCUCAACACUCUGAUGCUCAGGUCAAGGUGUAAUCUGUUGGGCCGCCACAUCCUCGCCGUCAGGAAGCAGCUCGCGGCCGAACGAGCGGCUGCCAGCACGCUCAGGGAUGUCUCGGCCCGUCGCUUUGGCAUCAUCACCGAUGUCGAACUCGAACGCGACGAGAAAAUCGCCUGCCUCCGGGGCAUGACCACCGACCGCGAUACGUGGCAGCGACGAUGUCACGAUCAUUUGACCCAACUCAUCUAUCACGAAGGAGAACAUUUGGAUCUGUCGGACGAGAACGAGAAGCUUCUGCAAGCGGUUGCAGGGCUCGGGGAGGCCUACGAACAUCUCGACCAAUCCACCACCGCCCUCCAGCAGGCCAAUGCUCAUCGCAUCUCGGCUCUGCAGAUGGGUGUUGAUCAGCUCACCAUGGACCAACAAACCCAAUGCAACCAACGCAAUGCGGACCAGGCUAGUAUCGCCUCCCUCGAGGACAGAAUACGAGGCGGAAUAGACACCGCCCGAACCACAGUCGAGGAGCUAAAGAAACAGAUGCAUGCACAGAUAGCCACUAGCCAAGCAGCUAUGGAAGGCCUCAAGCAGCGCUUGUGGGAACAGAUGAAUGCUGACAAAGCAGCACUGGAAGAACUCGAGAAGCGCCUGCAUGACCAGACGGCCACUAGCCAAGCGGCAAUGGAAGACCUCAAGAAGCGGUCGCAGGAACAGAUGACUACUGACCAGGCAGCAAUUGGGGCGCUCGAGAAGCGCUUGCAGGGCCUCGACAAACAGAUGCAGGGCCAAAAGCUCGCAGAACAAGCCACGAUAGACGGUCUGCACCAGAAGAUGCAGGAUCAAGAAUUAGUCAACAUAGCCACGGCCCAGAGACUGGAGCAGAAGUGUCGCGAGUCUCGCACGAGCCUCGACGUAGCCAAGGCUGCCAUGGCUCGGUACUUAUCCGUCACCAGCGACCCGCCGCAGGUCUGUGAAGAUCACAUAUCCUCGAGGUUCUUAGAGUCUAUAACAGCCUCGCCAUUGAUUCAAUCGUCGAGAGACGUGCCUCAGGUCUGGGUCGUCGCAGUGCCAUGGCUAGCUCCAGCAGAAACGCGCAGAUGCGCCACCAGUUCGCAGCCAGGAGCGUUGAACCUACUGACGCAACUGUACCAUCGCGUCGCUGCCGGACACCUCGAAGUAAGUACCUUUCAUAUCCUCGAGCUGGCGAUGGCGGAGUGCAACAAGGUUGCGCAGUCCAUCUCCGCCGGCGCUCUCUGCCUGAUCCUCCAGACCGCGAGAACGCGGUUCCCCACGGAAACUGGCCAUCUUCCCCACGAGCUGUUCCUCAUCGGCCUCCUGCAUCUUGGCCACCUCGUCCAGAAGAACUGGGCACGUUCCUUCCCAGAGGUUGAGAAGUAUCAAGAGUUCCUCCGGCACCGCUCGCCGUGGCACCAUAUCGGCAGCCCCACCGUUGCCGACGACUUGACAUCUCUCCAGAAGCUCGUCCGAGACAACGGGCUGAUGGACGAAAAAGCCCUGCUCGGCCUGCUCCGAGUGUCGGACGACGUAGUCGCUAUCGACCUCGCGCGGCGCACCAUCCGCCUCGUAAGCAGGCGGCGCUGCGAGUUCUGGGAUGGGACCGGGCGCAUAGUUGGGCCAGAGGGCCACGAGAACAUCCUGAUCCCCAUCACGUCCGGAAAGGAUCUUCUCUGGUGGAUUAAGAACGGCCGCCUGGUAGCAUAGCUUCGUAUAGUCUAAUCCCAGCUCCUGUCUGGGUCCCCCCCCCCCUCGCCACGUCUUUCCUAUGCCACCGUGACGCCCUGUGACUAGUCUAGCCCCAGGCAGCCCAUUUCUCGACUGUUGUAGCCCAUCCCCAAGCCCGACGCCAUUCCGCAGCUUCAAGGCUCAAUUCGUGCCGCGCGACGGCGCCUCCGCGACAUGUCGAGCCGGGGCCCAUGCG